CGUGCCACCGAGAUCCUCACCGUGCUUGAGGGUACACUCUAUGUCGGCUUCGUCACGUCCAACCCGGAAAACAAGCUCUUCUCCAAGGAGCUAAGGAAGGGUGAUGUGUUUGUUUUCCCACAAGGACUCAUCCACUUCCAGUUUAACCCCAACCCCUACAAGCCGGCGGUCGCAAUUGCCGCACUUAGCAGCCAGAACCCGGGGGCAAUUACCAUUGCUAACGCUGUAUUUGGAUCAAAUCCUAUGAUCUCGGAUGAUAUUCUCGCCAAGGCCUUUCAGGUGGAGAAGAAGACCGUGGACUGGCUUCAAGCUCAGUUCUGGGCCGACAACCACAAUUAAUUUUUGUUUCUAUGGUUGCGAGGGUUCGACCACAAAAUUGUAUUCUUUGUGAUUGUAAUUAUUUAUUGUAUUUGGUCAUGUUAUUAACACAUGUAACGG